AGUUGCCGCUCCGCCCGUGAACUGCAAUCCGAGUUUUUAUUUUUACCAGGCCAAGCCCGCUUGAGCUGCUGUACCGCUCUUGUUUUCACAAGCGACCUGCCCACAACAACAAUAACAACAAGCUGCCGCUUCCUCUGCAGAAUUGGUCUGAUGGAGCAAAGGCACUCGGCGCAGCUCGGUGCAAAAAGGCAUCAAUGCAACCGGUGUGCAUACAGCGCGGAUCGUCUUAGAAAUUUGACACUGCACCAGAGAACUCACACAGGAGAGAAACCCUUCAAGUGCAGUGUGUGUGGGAAGGCGUUUGGACAUUCAUCUACUCUUGUAGCACACCAGAGAACUCACACGGGAGAGAAACCCUGCAAGUGCAGUGUGUGUGGGAAGGCGUUUGGACAUUCAUCUGCUCUUGUAUCACACCAGAGAACACACACGGGAGAGAAACCCUUCGAGUGCAGCGUGUGUGGGAAGGCAUUUGGACAUUCAUCUACUCUUGUAAAACACCUGAGAACACACACGGGAGAGAAACCCUAUAAGUGCAGUGUGUGUGUGAAGGCGUUUGCAAAUUUAUCUCAUCUUGUAGUACACCAGAAAAUACACACGGGAGAGAAACCCUUCAAGUGCACUCCGUGCGGGAAGGCGUUUGCACAUUCAUCUGAACUUGUAAAACACCAGAGAACACACACGGGAGAGAAACCCUUCAAGUGCAGUGUAUGUGGGAAGGCGUUUGCACUUUCAUCUACUCUUGUAGCACACCAGAGAACACACACGGGAGAGAAACCCUUCAAGUGCAGUGUGUGUGGGAAGGCGUUUGCACAGUCAUCUACUCUUUUAAAACACCAGAGAACACACACGGGAGAGAAACCCUAUAAGUGCAGUGUGUGUGUGAAGGCGUUUGCAAAUUUAUCUCAUCUUGUAGUACACCAGAGAAUACACACGGGAGAGAAACCCUUCAAGUGCAUUCCGUGCGGGAAGACAUUUUCACAGUCAUCAGCUCUUAAGACCCACCAGCGAACUCACACAGGAGAGAAACCCUUCAAGUGCACUCUGUGUGGGAAGGCGUUUGCAUAUUCAUAUAAUCUUGUAACACACCAGAGAACGCACACGGGAGAGAAACCCUUCAAGUGCAGUGUGUGUGGGAAGCCAUUUGCACAUUCAUCUGCUCUUGUAGCACACCAGAGAACACACACGGGAGAGAAACCCUUCAAGUGCAGUGUGUGUAGGAAUGCGUAUGCACAGUCAUCUGCUCUUGUAGAACACCAGAGAACACACACGGGAGAGAAACCCUUCAAGUGCAGUGUGUGUGGGAAGGCGUUUGCACGUUCAUCUGCUCUUGUAGAACACCAGAGAACACACACGGGAGAGAAACCAUUCAAGUGCAGUGUGUGUGGGAAGGCGUUUACACUUUCAUCAAAUCUUGUAAUACACCAGAGAACACACACGGGAGAGAAACCCUUCAAGUGCACUCCGUGCGGGAAGGCGUUUACACUUUCAUCAAAUCUUCACAGACACCAGAGAACACGCAAGCAUCAGAAGAUCCACAAGGAGUGGAGUCUGAAAUCAGCUUGUGAAAGUCAAAGUGCCGCAAUGAGCCCAUCCCUCAUGAAACAAGAACCGGAAGAAAAUCCCAGCUUGGACGCUUUUAAAGGUACCGAGGUGAAAUGUGAAGAAGUGAAGGUGAAAUGUGAAGACGUGAUGGUGAAGAGCGAAGAAGUGAAGGUAAAAUGUGAAGAUGAAGACUCCACUCCAAAAUCGGACCUUCACAUCGAUGGAGGCAACGUGAAGCAGGAGGAGAAUUCUGACUGCGAGUCAGAGCGAGGCAACUUCCAGCAGUUUGUUGAAGUGGAGGUGUGGGUGGACUUCCUCCGAGACAAUACAAAGUCAAAUGGAGACUCGUUAGAUGUGUAAGCUUGAAACGAUGUCGAUCCAAUAAACACACCUUUGUCACAGGCCUUUAAUGACUAGAAUGUGAAGUUGAACACUCAAUUGCUAGGUUCAACCUGCAGGGUAAGAGCGGCCAGUCUUUGUGGACCUGUGUGUUGGGUAGAUCUCUAACCAGGAGCGAGUUUCAAUAAGCUCCCAAGCAUUCACUAUGUUAUAAUUGCAUUUACAGUGGUCCCUCGGAGAUCGAACUUAAUUCGUUCCAAAACUGUGUUCGAACACCGAUUUGUUGGAACACCAAAUCAAUUUUCCCCAUAAGAAUGAAUGGAAAUAGCAUCAAUUGGUUCCCCACCCAAGGAUGCUCCUAUUAUGGGCCAUUUUUGCACAAAGUUUACAAUGUUAAAAAACAGUCCAGUACAUAAAAGCAUACAAAAAGCAAGAAACAAUUCUAAUUAAUAGAACAAAUGAACAUUGAACUUCACUUUACCUACAGUAAGGAGAGUGGAUGGCUUGAGUGGAAGGUGGUGAGGAGUGGAGGAGGUGUCAGUGUUGCUUGUGUAAUAA